UUCAGCAAGCGAAAGGGAAAACCUAAAACAGUUAAAUCAGUUGUUAAAAGGUUUAUGCACUUGGACUGGGGAGACUGGAUUCGAACAAGAUCUGGAAGACAUAAGUUGUGGAAACAAAAACAAGGAAAACUUCAUCGAAUGAAACAACAUGUGUUUUGUACGAAAAAUCAAAGUAAAAAGUUAAGUCAUAUGGUGACUAAAUUUUGGACAAAACCCAGAUAUUAUGUUGAUGAUCCUUAUCGACCGUAUCACAAACGGACCAAUUUAAAUACUUCUUAUAAGGAAAGACCACCAUUUUUACCCUAG